AUGAAGACAGAAAAACUCGCCACUAUAGUGCCACAUAUUUUUGGACACCAUGAACAGUGCAGUUCAACUUGGUGUACAUAUGUUAAAGAUCCAACCAAAUUUAGAUUCAAACAUUUACCCAAUGGGAAAGCCCUUUCUGGAGACAAGCUGAGGGAAGAGCUGGACAAGUUGGCACAAAGUUAUAUUGAAAGAGCAGAUAGGCUGUUAAACCUAGGGUCAACGCAGUCAAACGAAAGUUUGAACAACAGUGUUGCUAGUUUUGCCCAAAAAACAGGUAUGAUCAGGUUUUAUGGAUGGACUAAAUCAUUAAAAGCUAGAGUGUCUUCAGCUGUGAUGCAAAAGAACGAAGGCUAUGGUUGGUUAAGCAAGCGAGAAUCAGUGAAAGAGGGAGACACCUAUGGAGGAGAAAUAGAAGUGCAAGAACAUAUUGACACAGAAACUAUUCCAUCAAAGAUGAAGUUAGAAGGAGAAGAAUCUGUAGUAGUUUUUGAUUUAGAAACAACAGGAUUAUCAAGGAAGUCUGAUUUAACUCAGCUGGCUGCAUUUGAUGGAACCACUGUAUUUAAUGAGUAUGUAUCACCUAGGGAGGUUAUUUCUCCCAAAUCGUCGGAAAUAACAGGAUUGACUUUUGAUUUUUCUUGUGACCAGAUGUACCAUCAUGGUAAACCAGUUAAAAGCAGAGAUAAAAAGGAUGUUUUUCCAUUCAGUUCAGCUUUGCUAAUAGAUUCUUACAUUCCAUUGAUCAGGGCCUCACACAUCACCAAGCUUACAGGUAGACGUUUAGCACACAGUGUACUUUGUCUGAAACAUCUACAGUUAGCAUUUAACAGAGACAGUGAAAAUGGCCUCACAUCUAUUUUGUUAGAGCAUGGCUUUAAUGCCAAAACAGUCACAUCUUUUACUAAAUAUUUUACAUGUACUGAGGAAUAA